AUGGUGUGGGCUGAAACCGAUGACGAAAAUGAUCGAUGGGUUUAUUACUCUGACCCCAAUCUUCAACAGAGUCUUUUGAGCGACGAAAACCCCCCAAAUUCUUCUGUUUCUGGUACCAGCGAUGGCAAGAACCGAGAAGUGAAGAUCAUGUUGAGCAAGAAGAAGCUGGAGGAAUUGUUGGAUAAGGUGGAGGAUCUUCGCAACAUCCCAGUGGAUCAGAUCUUGGAUCGUUUGAUUGAUUCCAGCGAUCAAUUUGAGUUUGAUGAUGAUCUCAAUCAUCAUCAUCAGCAGCAGCAGCAGCAUCAGCAUCAGCCUCAGCCAUGGAAGCCCAAUUUACAAAGCAUCCCUGAGGAAUAA